AUGUCUUUGACUUUGUUUGGUGGUAGAUUGUAUGAAGUUCUGAUGGUCGAUAGUAAGUGGAAUAAGAAACCAUCGCUCAUUCAACCAAAGGCAGGUGGCAUCGAAAAGAAUAAUAUAAUCACCAAAUGUGGUACCGUUCUCUUAGAGGUCACAGUAAUCUACUCACUUUAUCUAUAUCAGAAUCAUAGGGAUGUAUUGAUUCCACUGACUAUCAGUGCAGUCAGCCAUUGCAUUGAACGACUGUUCGAACUACUCUAUUUGACGCCCAAACUAACAGAGAUUGAGAAACUACCAGAGGCUGCCGUAACAGAGAGUAUCGCUAAUAAAUACAUCAAGAGAAGCAAACUAAGAAUACCUCUUUCCAUUAUUACCAACCUAUAUUUAAUGGAGUCAUUUAGAUUAUUAACUUUAAAGUUUUAUUCAUCUCAUUCCUUUAAACAACAUUGUCUACUAAGAGAUACAAUUUCUAUACUAUAUGAGAAACAUGUAGCUGAAAUAAAAACAAAUGAUGCUGCUAAUAUGUUUUCAAUAUACUUAUCCAAAACAUCAGAGGAUGAAAAGUUUAUUUUAUCAAAAAAUGGUAGAAAUAGAGUAACUGUAUAUAUAAAUAAUAAAAAUAAUAAUGAUAUGAAGGAAAUAGAAACAUUAUCAAAGGUAUAUAAUACUCUAAAGAUUAAGGAUAACCUCCAUUCCACAUUGAAAUCUUUGAACUCCAUCGAAAAUGCUGAGAUCAGUAAAAGAUUCACUGCUACCCUAACCGAAGGAAUGUUACCAUCGAAUCUAAAGAAACUGUAUAUCAAAGAGAAUACCGUCAUUGGAGUAAACAGUUUACCAGAAUCAUUGCGAUCUCUUCGAUUGGGUGUUUACUACGGUCAUGGAUUAACAAUUGGAAUGCUGCCAAAGUAUCUGACUACCUUGAGGCUGAUGUCACCGAUGGUGUUGGUACCUGGCCUACUUCCACAGUCCCUUCAGAAAUUUGAAUACGAUACAACCUUUAAUAUCACUAUAAAUAGAUCCAUUCUUCCAAACAACCUUAAAGUAUUGAUCGCAGGACUAUCUAUGAAAUUCGAGGCCGGCGCCAUUCCAUCAUCAGUCAGGAAAUUCGUAAGCUCCGCUCACUUUGAUAUCGAGGCAUUUGAAAAUCCCAAUACCCUAGAAAUUUUACAGUUCUCACCAUUAUUUAACGAUCCUAUAGGGCCAGGUAGUCUACCAAUGAAUAUCAAAGAGUUGAUAUUUGGCCGCUUCUUUAACCAACCAAUUGAACGUGAUGUCAUUCCAUCUAACACCGAAACCGUCAUAUUUCAUUGUUUCCAAGCGAAAACCGUUCUCCACCCAAAUAUUUUUCCAAACUCUGUAAAAACCAUUGAAUUUUAUCAAGGUUUCAAUGAACGUUUAACAAAUGGAGUACUACCAUCGACAUUGCAGACACUCGAUUUGGGUCAAUGUUUCAACCAACCUAUUUUACCAUUGUCUCUCCCGAAUAGUUUGAAACAAUUAGUGUUUGGAACCUCAUUCAAUCAGCCAUUAGUACCACACUCUUUGCCGUCCAAUCUUGAGUUGUUGAAUCUAGGUGGCUAUAAUCAUAGAAUUAUCAAGGGUACAAUACCAUCUUCUUUAACUCAACUCAUUUUUGGUUAUGAUUUUACCGACUACAAAGAAAUGGUUCACAGUGUCAGAUCGAUUGCCAAGUCUUUACCAGAGAAUCUCAAUCGCUGGAAAAUAGAAUCAUACAAUCACGAUGUUGUUAUUCAAAGAAUAUCAAAUAAUCAUUUAUUACUUCAAACUGAAAGUUUGACUUUUGGUGGAUUUUUAAAAAUUGAAGAUGAUCAACUAGAUUAA